AUGCAAAUGACCCAACGUAUACAUGGCCUGCCCAAGUCCGUUUCUCACAGACUACGAUCUCAAACAAGUGCCAUAUCAAUACCAUCCAUAUUAACAGAAUUAGUACAAAACUCCAUCGAUGCAAACGCGACCAAAAUUACAGUAACCUUAGACAUAUCAAACUACAACAUCACUAUAAUCGAUAAUGGGAUAGGAAUGAUUCCUAAAGAAUUAGAUCUUCUAGGGAACCAAAAUCAUACUUCUAAAAUUACGACUUUGAAUGAUAUUGAGAAUGUUAAAACUUUUGGAUUUAGAGGUGAGGCAAUAUUCGCCAUUUCAGAAUUGUCAAAAUUGACUAUCUAUUCUAAAUCACAUGAGUAUAAUUCCGUCUGGGGAAGGACGUUCCCUCAAUCAUCAAGAAUGUUGGAUUCUCAUUCAAUUCGUGAGUAUGAGCAUCAAAAUCGCAUAUUCUAUAGUGAAUUAGAAUGUAUGAAGUCCGGUACCGUUGUAAUUGUGGAAGAUAUGUUUUAUAAUUUGGUUGUUAGAAAAGAAAUAUUUAAAAAGGAACCCACUUUUAAGAUUUUCAAUAAGAUUAAAAAAGAUAUGUUUCAAUUAUUAAUUGCUCAUCCAGAAUUGGAAUUAAAAAUUCAAAAAAUAGAAGCCAACGGACAAGCGAGUCCUUUGAUAUUCUCACACUUAGUAUCAGAGGAUCUAUCUACAUUUCAAAUGUAUUCUUAUGUCUUUAGAAACAUUUUUGGGCCUGUGGUUCCUAUCAAUAUGAUGAAGAAAGUUGCAUUAAAGUUUAGAAACUAUAAUAUGCAAGGUGUUAUCUCCAAAUAUCCGGUGAAGACUAAAGAUUACCAAUUCAUAUUCUUUAAUAAAAGAAGGUACACUAACGAGACCCUUUUUAAACAAAUAAAUAGUAUCUUUAAAGAAUCAAAUUUUGGUUAUGGUGGAGUUAUAAAUUCAACAGUUAAAAGUGUUGGUAAACCUUACACUUUCUAUCCCUUAUUGAUUAUAAAUAUUAAUGGACCACCAUUGUCUAUCAACGAUUUAUUGCAAGCACCAUCAAAAGAGAUUUAUGAACCAUCAGAUGGUCAUAUUAUUCGACCAUUACUAUUAAGAUUAGUCAAGUCAUUUCUUCAAGCACAAGGUUAUACUCCAUCAACUAACCAGGCGAUUACCUGUUCUCGUGAAUCAUCAAUGAAUAAAAUUGUGAAAACAGAGCUCAGUGAUGAGAACGGGAAUUUACCAUCAAAAACGGUCAUGAGCCAUAUCCUUGAUUCCAAAAUGAAAUCUGCUAAAUUUAUUUCAUCAGAGAUGGAAGGAAGAACAGAUCUAAAAUUAUCACUUGAGAAUAAGAAUAUUGCCUCUAAUCUGCAUGUACCCAACAUGACUUUAUUGCCUCCAUUUAAGAGGCGACAUGAUUUAUCAUCACGAAAAUCUAGUACGACAUCAGCACCAAAAAAAUGUAAAUUGCACUCUCCUGAAAAACAUGACUGUUGGUUAGAUAUACCUAAUACGUUCCAACCGAUUACUCCAGAAUCAGAUACAUAUCAAACUCCUAACAAAAAGCAUGGGAUUCAUAGUAAUAAUAGUAACAAUGAAACUACGGUAUUGAAUAAAACUGUCUUGAAGAAUUGUCAAGUUAUUAAUCAAAUUGAUAAUAAAUUUAUCUUAUUGAGAGUAAAUGACAAUAUCAAUGGAUGGAUGUUAUCAAUUAUGGAUCAACAUGCAUGUGAUGAAAGAAUAAAAUUAGAAACAUAUCUAAAUUCAUUCUUGAUUGAUAUACUUCACGGCACGUUAACAUUACAAUAUAUUUCAGAUUUACAAUUAAAUGUCAGUCUAAUUGAAAUCUCCCUUUUCAAGUUUUAUGUGGAGGAGUUUAGAAAAUGGGGGAUCAACUAUGAAAUUAUACUUGAUAAGACAGACCACACAGCAAAUUCGAUUUUAAAGGUUAUUUCAUUGCCAAAACUACUUGAAACCAAAAUAAAUGGUGAUAAAAAUUAUCUAAAAUCAGUCCUAUUACAACACUGUUAUGAUUUGAAAGAUCUCAAAAAACUACGAUUAAAUACGAUGAAAAUGACUUUCGAUAUAAGGACACAGUUAGACAAUUUCCAAUGGUGGAAAUAUCUUAAUAGUAUCCCCACAGUAUUCAUUGAGUUUUUCAAUAGUAAAUCAUGCAGAUCAGCAAUUAAGUUUGGAGAUAAAUUGACUAAAGAAGAAUGUGAAUUAUUAAUACGACAACUUUCCAAUUGUAAAGUUCCAUUCCAAUGCGCUCAUGGUAGACCAUCCAUUGUUCCCAUUACAAAUUUGGUAUGUGAAACGAAUACAAAUUAUCUUACGAAGCGAAAUAAUUAUUCUUUGAAAGGUACCUCUCUAGACUAUGAUAUCUAA